AUGUCGCUAGAUAAUGAGACAUCAAUACUGAACCAACUGUCAUCUUCAAAUAAAAAUCCAAUAGUGUCUAAUUCUUCUACGGGAUCUGCUGCUUUAAAUAACGCUAGUAAAGUUCUCAUACCAAACAUUAAAUCUGAUUCAAACACCACCACCAUUACUCCUUCUAAACCCUCCACGGCGUCAGCUUCUGGAGUAAGCAUUUUAAAUCCUAUAAUAUCCCCAAAGGGGUCAAAAGAUAUUGAAAAGUUAAGAAAGAAACGGGUUCAUGAUGAAGUCGACAAUAAUGAGGAAAGCAUAAUUGAUGAAGAUGAUGAAAUUGAUUCCGAUGAACAAGGAGUCGUUGUAGAUCCUGAGAUUGAAGAUUACAAUCAUUCAUUAAAUCCAUCUUCUAGCUCACAUUUCCAAGCUAGAACCAAUACACCAGGGUCUUCUUCAGCGGCUGCAACUGCGACAAGAUCAAAAUUAUCAACCGAAGAUAUUAAAAUAAUUUUAUACCUUAUUAUUAAAAUUAAACCAUUUAAAUAUAUUGGUGAUAGAUCUUUGAGUCAAACCAGAAAAUGGGAAAUUGUUCAAGCAAAAUAUUCCCAAGUUAAGGAACAAUUAAAGCCCUCGUCUUCAGCUUCACCAGCCCCAAAUUCCAAUUUAGUAGUUCCAACCGUAAGAACAUUACAAAGACAGUUAGCCACUGCUAUAAAGAAGGCGCUUACGAGACGUGAAGAAUCAGGUUCUUCUGACAAAGUAAAUACUAUUGAAAAACCAGAUGAUUAUUAUAAUUAUGAUUUUAUAACCAUUGAAAAUUCAUUAAGUGAAUUGGAAAAUUAUGUAUUGGAGCUUAAUGAAUUAAGUGAAAAUUUUAAGGCUGGAAGAUUAGAAGCUGUGUCUAAUCCUUCAGCUGUCAUAACAGGUACAACUUCCCCUGUAACAACAACUAGUAAUACAACUGCAUUACCAACUGUUUCAGCAUCAACUGCAGCUGCUGUAGCUGUGGCGGCUGUAUCUUCUAGUUCUUCAAGUCCUAACGCUCCAAAACCAAAAGAGCAAUCAUAUUUGAACUUGAAAGAGGUUUUAGAAUCGACUAGUUUAAUAGAAAUUCCACCUCAAACAAUAGCAGUACCUGAAGAAGACCCAAGCGAUAACUUGGUAAGUAAAUUCGAGACGUUGACUAAUGAAAUCUCAUCUAUAAUUGAUGCAGAUGAUAAGCAAUCGUUGCCAUUUAUUAAAACUUUACAAGGUUUUGCAAAUUUAAAUACUUUAUUGAAGAAUCAUGAAGAUAAAGUUCAAAAUUUGAAUGAAUCAUUAUUAAAUGAUUUACAUUCAGCUUUUAAAAACUAUAAAAAGAAAUUGAAUACAAUUCAUCUAAAAUUCAAUCAAGAUAAGUUAAAUUCUUUUAAAUCAUUUACUGAUUUUAUGAUUGAUUCUUUAAAUUCUACCGAUCCUUCUUCUACUUCCAAUGAAGAAGUUUUGAAGUUAUUGAAUUCAUUCAAGGAUUCAUUAAAGUGA